CUGUGUAUACGAAAAAGUUCAGAGGAAAGAGCAAAGAAGCUGUACCUAAAAGUGCAGCCACAGGACAAAAGUCAAGAUAAUAAUGUCCUUAACCGUUUUGACAUCCGCUUACAGACUGAGGUCCGUCUGCAGACUGCAGCGAAUCCAGGGCCACAUGAUGUCGAGUCAGGUUGAACCGGGGGUUCUUCUGAAGAAAGUGGGCAGCGCAGGUGUGAUCACCAUAAACAGACCCAAAGUCCUGAAUGCACUCAACCUGCCCAUGAUCCGUCAGAUCUACCCGCAGCUCAAGAAAUGGGAAAAUGACAAUGAGACUGACAUUGUGAUCGUCAGAGGAGCAGGUGGGAAAGCCUUUUGUGCUGGUGGAGACAUCAGAGCGGUCACAGAAGCAGGGAAAGUUGGAGAUCCUCUCGCAGAGGACUUUUUCCGUGAGGAAUACAUUCUCAACAAUGCUGUUGGAACAUGCAGGAAACCAUAUAUUGCCCUUAUUGAAGGAAUAACAAUGGGUGGAAUUAUUGGUUUCACUGUUGUAAAUAGUAAAUAUUUCUAUUUGCUGCGGAGGCGCGGGGGGCCUUACAAGACGGAGCCAGCCACAGACCUGAGCCGCUGGAGGCUGACUAAUGUGGAGGGCAGGCAGACCUGGUGCUAUGUGGAGGAUCAGGACACCCCAGACAGAAAGCAGACAAUGCUGGAAGCCCAUUCUCUAGGCUUGGACACGAGUAUGUUUGUGUUUGGCUCCCCAGCUGCCCACACAGCUGUAGAUGCAGCUCUGAAGGGUAUGCUCUUCUACAGCCACCUCCAGGCCGAGGACGGUCACUGGGCAGGGGACUACGGCGGACCUCUCUUCCUGCUCCCAGGUCUCCUCAUCACGUGCCAUGUGGCUAAGAUCCCUCUGGCUGAAGCCUGGAAGAAAGAGAUGGUGAGGUAUCUGCGCUCUGUGCAGCUACCAGAUGGAGGCUGGGGUCUACAUAUUGAAGAUAAGUCUACCGUCUUUGGCACAGCGCUGAGUUACAUCUCAUUAAGGAUCCUGGGAGUAGAGCCCGAUGAUCCAGAUAUGGUUCGAGCCAGGAACAACCUGCACAGCAAAGGUGGGAAAGAAGAGGUUGAAAUGGUCCCCAAAAAAUACAACAGCAGUUGUUGAUUACUGAUCACCUGUCUGUACUGAUAACACACAGUUAUAAAAACACACUGCCAUCCCCAAAA